CUCAUCUGAUAACAGUGCUCAUCAGCUAGAAGCAUCUGUAUGCUAUCAGUUAUAGAAACAGUUAUACUAACAUAAACUAUUAAUGAAUGAUAACUAAAUAAUAGCUAGACAAUGAAUUUUGGAAUUUAUCUUGUUUGGAUGAUUUUGGACAGUGCCCAAGGAGGAUAUACAAAUAAAGCGCGUGAAAAAAUGGAACUUCAAGAAGUGCUUGACGCUCACCAACCAAGGGCAAUUGAUGUUGAGUCGAAAGAGAAUAAAAGUUUAAUUUUAACUUGUAACUCAUCAAGACCGUGGUUUCUCUGUGUCUGGGAAGGCCCCAAAGGUCUGAGAUUGUGCAGUCUAAAAUAUAGAACAGAACUCUGCGAUUCAAAUGACAGGAUUCAUCUCUCUGGGAACUCUAGUUCCUGUUCCAUGAAUAUCUCUAGCGUGGAACUGGCAGACCAUGGAUCGUGGAACUGUGUUCUCAGUGAGGAAGAAAGUUAUCUAGCAGUAAGACAAUCUUUCCAGCUUCAGGUUCAUAGAUCCGCUCCUCUUCAUCUUAUUCCAGAACAGAAAGUUGUGGUGGUAGAGGGGGAGAGAGCUGAACUAGUUUGUAGAUCAAGUCACGUGUUUCCGGCCCCAACACUUAGCUGGGAAACAGAUAAGGAGCUUUGGGGUCAGCUUGAGAUUAGGACAGUUGUGAGUAGAUCAGACUCUCAUCUCAUGCUGCUGGAGUCACAGGCUCUUUACACAGCUGAUCUCAGGGAUAGCGGAGCUGUUUUCUCUUGCAGUUCUACUCAAACAUCCACCAACUCAACUAUCAUACAUACAGACUCAAAAUUUCUGAUUCUGCAGGUUCUUCCAGCUCGACCUGUCCAAAGCCUUCUCUUUAAACAGUCUGGUUAUAUUUCUCUUGGGUUUGUGAUAAUGAUUUCAGUUCUAGUCUUCAUUAUCGUUAUCAUUCUUCUCGUCUUCAGAUCUAAGAAAAGCUGUUUUCAACCAAAGUCCUCGUAUACUACAACACUAAACAAUGUGGACCUACUUCAAGGUGUGGGGGGAUCUAAAUCAAAAAGUAUCUCUAGUCCGGUGCAACUUAUUCAAACUAAGGAUAAUGGUGGAUUUCCUACUGGAGAGUUGACUCUCUUCCUUGAUUCUUCUUCAAGAGAAAGCGGGAUUUCUUCAGAAGGUUGUGUGAGCAGGACAAAGCUAGGAUCUGAUAUUAAACCUGAACCUGGCUCCACUAGCCUAGCAUCACAGGAAGAACGGAAUUCAGCAGGACGAACCUCCCAGCUACUAGAAACACAUUUCCCUGUGGAGUCCCUGUUGCUCUGUCCUAAUUGUAUUCAGCGUAGUAAUUACGGUUACCAAACCUUACAGUUAGAACACAAGGACUGUGCACGUUUCUCCCGAACAGAUAUGGAUAGAAGUACAAUAGCUGGUGAACAAAACGAAUACACGAAUACAAGUUUUACCCUCCCUCGACUACCAUAUUGUCGUUCUGGUCCCUAUAGUUUGGACCACUGUGGGAGUUACAACAAUGUUCUCCGUGAAUGCAACGAAUCGGAUCAAAACAAUACGUACAGUCUGGAGAAAAGAACCCAGACUCCAGAUUUUAAAGACGAGUAUGCGCAGCAUGCCUCGCUGUCUUUUCAAGAUCAGUGCGCACAGCUGAAUUCUAGUCGGGAGCACUGCAGCGCUCAUCAGCUGAUGCCUAGCUCAGAAUAUCCGGUGCAUUGCGCACAGAUAUCUCCAUGCAAUCAGCUGUUUUAUUGUGACCAAGCUUGUUUCCCGGCAAAAUAAUCAGCGAACCAAUCAACCCUGAAAAUGAGUCAAAGAACAAACUAUAUAAAGUCAAAAAAAAAAUUUUUUAGUGAAUUUAAAAUGGAACUUAUGUCUUUGACUUGAUUGAACACUAAACUAUCUGUAAGAAAGUCUUUGAAAAGAAAAUCAUCUUUUAUUUUAAAGCAUUGGUUAACGUUUGCCAUUAUAGUUCAUUACUCAAAUUAUCAUUAUUAUUUUUUAGUGGCUAAAUGUUUAUAUAUAUCAAUGUUAU